AAUCUUGUGUACAUUUUUUUUUCUUCAUAUUAUAUUUCAUUCGUAAACGAAAAAGAAGAAGAAAGGAACAGCCUUCACAUAAUGGGAAGGGGGAAAGUAGAAUUGAAGAGAAUUGAGAAUAAAAUAAAUAGACAAGUCACCUUUGCAAAGAGAAGAAAUGGACUCCUCAAGAAAGCUUAUGAACUUUCUGUUCUUUGUGAUGCUGAAAUUGCUCUUAUUAUUUUCUCUAGUCGUGGCAAGCUUUAUGAAUUUUGCAGUUCAAGUAUGUCCAAGACAUUGGAGAGAUACCACAGAUACAAUUAUGGUACACUUGAAGGAACCCAACCUUCACAAGAUUCACAGAACAACUACCAAGAGUAUUUGAAGCUUAAAACAAGAGUGGAAGUGUUACAACAGUCUCAGAGGCAUAUGCUGGGGGAGGAUUUGGGACAAUUGGGCACAAAAGAUUUGGAACAGCUUGAACGUCAAUUGGAUUCAUCAUUGAGGAAAAUAAGGUCAACAAAGACACAACACAUGUUUGAUCAACUUUCUGUACUUCAACGAAAGGAACAAUCUCUUACUGAAAUGAACAAAUCUUUGAGAAUAAAGUUGGAAGAACUUGGUGUUGCCUUUCAAACAUCAUGGCAUUCUGGGGAGCAAAGUGUACAGUUUAGACAGCAACAGCCUGCUCAGCCAGAGGGUUUUUUUCAACAUGUGGAUUACAAUAAUACAUUGUCUAUAAGGUACGAUAGUGUGCCACCUGAAAAUGCAGCACCAUCAACACAUGAUGCUACUGGAGUUGUACCUGGAUGGAUGCUUUGA